GACGUGGGCCAAUGGACAAGAAGUCGCACAAGAAGUGGGUGAGGUCGGCCAUACUGUAAAGUUGCUCGGCAUUUAUCUGCUAAUAAGCCGUUUUGAUGAGACCCCGAAAAAACAAAGUGAAGACCAAAAAGAAAGCAGAAAAUUUGUGUAUUAUUAAUGAAAGGGACGAUGAAUUUGACCGUUGGCGAUAAAACUAUCCGUUACCAACGUUGAACCUGAAACCCCCUUUGUCCUCGAACCCCCCCUUUACGCCUUCUCUUCGGAGAAAUAGUGAGGUCGUCCCCUCCACUCAACACAGACGCUCCGAAAAGAGAGAGAGUGAGGUCGUCCCCUCCACUCAACACAGACGCUCCGAAAAAGAGAGAGAGAGAGAGAGAUGGUGGCCAGAACCCCACCAAAGCAAAGGAAAAUGGUGGCUCCUCUCAACCCCACCCUUCUCCGAGAAACUGCAAACAAGGUGGAGAAGUGUAUGGCGAGAUUGCAGGAGCUUCAGUACGCUGUCGCCGGCGGCAAUAAGGUGAUCGCCGGCGUCAGCCUCAGCCCUCGCAGUACCAGAGGCUAUCUCAAGACCAGCCUCCGGUGCAAGCAAGAAUCUCUCAGGAUCAAGAGUGCCAGAUCUCCACCCGGAAAAUUCCCCACAAAUACAGGGGAGUGGCAACGAAUGUCAUUGCCGGCGAUGCUGGUCGGAGAAACGGUGGGGGAAAUUCUGCAGGCAAGUCAGUUCGCCAGAAAAAUAGUGGAAGCAGUGGUUUCCAAAGCCAAGAGACCAUCACCGUCGUUAGAGGCUGACCCAAGAACUCCGGUGGACCUGCGGCGGAGCCAGAGGCCCAAACCGCCAGAAGCCAAACUCCAGGCAAGAAGAAAGCAAGAGAAGCAAAUCACGCUGCAAUCCAUGAGGUCCGAAUCCAACGAACCACCACCACCCCUCCAAAGGGCCCGCUCUCGUCGCAUUAAUUUCAAGGCGGCAGCAUCCUCGCCGCCGCUCAACGACCGGUUUUUGGCCAACAGAGUGUCGCCCAGAAACAGGCCAUGGGGCAGAAAGACUGUGCUUUUUCCCAACCCAUUGUUCCACUCGUCGCCCACUAAAAAUCACCACAAGUUCUACAAGACAAAGUCGCCCAUAAUCGCCAGAAGCCACCCUAAAACUCAAACCCCACACAAGUUCUUGAUCAAGACCAAGCCCAAGUCGUCUCCUCCCUCAAUGGCCACCGCCAAAGUCCAAGUUAGAAUUAGGAGUCCGCCGAGGAAGAGUCCCUCCUCCACUGCGGCGAAGCUUCGGCGAUCAUUUUCGCCGUCGAGGCUGGCGAGCAGGCUCAUCUCCCCCCUGAAGCAGAGGCCGGGUUUCUCGAUGCCGGCUCGGAGGUUUUGAUGGGGAGGCCCAAUUCUGUUUGUUUUGGAGAGUGAAUUUUUGUUUUCAUUUUUUGUGAUAUUUUCUCGAUGUCCGUCCAUAUGAACACGUUCAUGUUCAUGUUCAUAUUCGUGUGUUGGUGUCAGAUUCGUUCAUUUCUUUCUUUGUUGCCUGCGUUGGCCAAAUUU